CAGCAGCACGCCGCGCCAGGGCCAAAGAGCUCGCCCAAGCGACCAGACUACCGUUAAAGGGGUCCGCGAUGCGACAUUUCAUCUGACGUGAGACGGGAGCCGUAUAACUUGCACCCAUUUUCCCUUUACCUCUACGUUGCACAAGUACCACCUGCCUCAAGCAAACAGCCGCAAUGCCGAUCAGAAGCGAGUGGAAGCUCGCGCGGGAAGGCGUAACCGGCGACACCCUCGGCCGGGCACUCAAAUACACGGCCUUCAACCCCGCGCUGACCCUCCCGCUCGUCCUGCUCGCGCGCUACACAGCAAAGGGCAACCUGCUCGCCGCCGAGCACGCAACCGCAUUCAAGCACCUCAAGACGCUGCUUGCGCUGGGCGCGCUGAGCGCCGUGAGCGGCUGGCUCGACGACAGGGUGCUGAACAACUGGAGCGCCGAUGCGUAUGACUGGAGCAAGGAGAUUGUGGUGGUGACGGGCGGCAGCGAUGGCAUUGGAAAGAUCGUGGUGCAGUUGCUCGCCGAGAGGGGGGUCAAGGUUGCGGUGCUGGAUGUGCAGGAGCUGGCGUUUGAGGCACCCCCAACCGUCACCUACUUCCACUGCGACCUCGCCUCACACGCCUCCAUCGCCGCCGCCGCAACCGCGAUCCGCUCCUCCCUCGGCGCCCCCACCGUCCUGAUCAACAACGCCGGCUGCGCGCGCGGCAAAACCAUCCUCGCAGCCUCCGAGUCCGACAUCCGCCUCACCUUCAACGUCAACACGCUCUCGCACUACUUCCUAACGCAGCAAUUCCUGCCCGCCAUGCUGGCCGCGAACCACGGCAUGAUCGUCACCGUCGCCUCGCUAGCGGCCUACGUCAGCGCGCCCAGCAUGGUCGACUACGCGGCGAGCAAGGCGGCCGCGCUCGCCUUCCACGAGGGGCUUUCCGCGGAGCUGGCGAGUAUCUACAAGGCGAACCGGAUCCGCACGGUGAUCAUGUGCCAGGGGUACACGCGGACGGCGCUGUUCGAGGGGUUCGACAGCGCGGUGCUGCAUGCGGAGACGGUGGCGGAGGAGAUUGUCAAGGCGGUGCUGCGGGGGAAGAGCGCGCAUCUUGUGGCGCCGGAGACGGGGUGGGUUAUGGCGCCCAAGAUACGCGGGUGGCCGCUGUGGAUGCAGUAUGGGAUGCGGAAGAGGCUGGAUAAUUUGAUGCGGGGGUGGAGGGGGCGGCAGGUUGUGCAGCCGAGUGAAAGUGAGACCGGGGGGAAGGGAAAGGAGAGUGUGGAGGGGAGUACGGUGCUUGUGGAGGGGGAGGGGGGGCAGUAG